GACUUUAUUUCGUGAACAGCGCAGCUCUUGUUGUGGUUCCAACGUGGGUCUGUAACCGGGAAGCUUUUCUCUAUAAAUAAUUUGUCAUAUUAUGUGAAAAAAGUUCAUCUGAUCGCUUCAGAAAUGCAGGUGUCCAGUGUAAAUAAUAUAAAGAUAUAUAAUCUUAGCCAUGGCAAGUCUCUUCCAGAGUGGUUGUCAGACAGAAAGAAGAGAGCUUUACAGAAGAGAGAUACUGACAUUCAGAGGAGGAUUGAACUCAUUCAGGAUUUUGAGAUGCCCACUGUGUGUACCUCUAUCAGAGUGUCACGUGACGGACAGUAUGUUUUAGCUGCAGGUACAUAUAAACCCAGGAUCAGAUGCUAUGACACAUAUCAGCUGUCUCUGAAGUUUGAAAGGUGUCUGGAUUCUGAAGUGGUGGCCUUUGAAAUCUUGUCUGAUGACUACUCCAAGCUGGUGUUUCUGCGUAUUGAUCGUUACGUGGAGUUUCAUUCUCAGCACGGUCACUACUACAAGACACGUAUCCCCAAGUUUGGCCGGGAUUUCUCCUACCACUACCCAUCCUGUGAUUUGUACUUUGUAGGAGCCAGUUCAGAGAUCUUCCGUAUGAACCUUGAACAGGGUCGGUUCCUCAACUCUCUACAGACAGAUGCAACGGAAAUCAACGUAUGUGACAUCAACCCUGUUCAUCAUUUAUUCGCUGCCGGCACAUUAGAGGGGAAAGUGGAAUGCUGGGACCCACGUGUGCGCAAUCGAGUGGGCAUCCUGGAUUGUGCCCUCAGCAGCGUCACAGAAGGAACCGAAGUUGAGAGCUUGCCGUCUGUCAGUGCACUCAAGUUUAAUGACUCCCUGGGUAUGGCUGUGGGUACGACUACAGGACAGGUUUUGUUGUAUGACCUGCGUUCCUCUCGUCCCCUGCUUGUGAAAGACCAUUAUUACGGCUUGCCCAUCCACUCCCUCAACUUCCAUAAGCAGAUGGAUCUGGUGAUUUCUGCAGACUCAAAGAUCAUCAAGAUGUGGCACAAAGACAAUGGUAAAAUGUUUUCCUCCAUCGAGCCACCGGCCAACAUCAACGAUGUGUGUGUUUACCCUGAAUCAGGCAUGCUUUUCACUGCUAAUGAAGACCCCAAAAUGAAUACUUUCUACAUUCCUGCCUUGGGUCCUGCACCUCGUUGGUGCUCUUUCCUGGAUAACCUGACUGAAGAACUGGAGGAGAACCCAGAAAGUACCGUCUAUGACGACUACAAGUUUGUUACACGCAAAGACCUGGACAACCUUGGUCUGACGCACCUGAUUGGUUCACCUCUGCUGAGGGCCUACAUGCAUGGCUUCUUCAUGGACAUCCGACUCUACCACAAGGUUAAAACUAUGGCAAAUCCGUUUGCCUAUGAGGAAUAUCGCAAGGACAAAAUACGACAGAAAAUCGAAGAGUCUAGAGUCCAGAGAGUACAACUAAAGAAUCUGCCGAAGGUUAAUAAAGAGCUUGCAAUAAAGCUAAUGGCAGAGGGAGAAGACCGAGAGUCACGAAAAGCCAAGAAGAAGGCUAAGGGCACCGCCAGCAUCCUGACUGAUGACCGUUUCAAGAUGAUGUUUGAGAAUCCAGACUACCAAGUGGACGAGCAGAGCGAGGAGUACCGCUUGCUUAAUCCCAUCGUGUCCAAAGUGGGCCAGAGGAGAAGGGAGAGACUACAGCAGUUAGCUGAGCAAGAGGCCAUGCAAAAGUCGGAUGAAGAGGAAGAGGAGCUGGAGGGACGGCCCAGCUCAGAGGAAGAGGAGAGCUCAGACGAUGAUAAGAGCUGGGUGGAGGAGGUGAGGGAGCAGCGACGUCUCUUACGAGCAGAGCAGAGAGAGCGCCAGUUUAAAGAGAGAAAGGAGAAGGACCGCAACACCAGCCUGCAAAGUUCAGAUCCAGUCAGAAAGUCUCAACCGAGCCAGGCUCAAGGCCAGAGUCAGCCGCGCUAUUACCAGAUCAAAGCCGGAGAGGAGUUCCGCAGCUUCGGGGACGUGGCACGCAAACAGAAGAUGCAAAAGACCUCACUUGAGGAGCGUCUGAAGAUGGAGGAGAGCUCAGGCAUGCUGAACCUCGCCGAUACCACAGUCGGAAGCAAGCAGCUGACCUUCACUCUUAAAAAGACUGAGAAACAGAGGAGUCAGCAGCAGGCCGAACGGGAGCACCACGAGGAGAGGAGAAAGAUCAGAAGGGCUGCCGGUCACCUUUACACUAGAGGACGAGGACGAGGAAGAGGACGAGGGAGGGGACGAGGGCGGGGACGAUUCUGAACCCUGCCUCCAAAUUACCGCUG